AUGCGUCUGGUGGGCGUGGUCGGGUCGCGGCUCCGCCGGGCAGCCGAGGAGGAGGAGAGGGAGCCCGCCCCUCCCCCCUCCCACCGCUCCAACCAUCAGUUUGCCAGCAUGAAGAACAAGUUCUUCAAUGAGCUCACACACCUGCCAAUGCCCAUGUGGGCAGUGGGAGCCAUUGUGGUUGUGGUCCUUGCCCUUAUCGCCUGCAUGGGAUUCUGCAUCUACAAGAAGUGUGGCCAGGGCAAAAAGCCCAAGAAGGCCCGUGAGAGGAAGGGUGGAGGACGAGGGCGCAGGAAGAAGGACAAGGAGGGAGAGGAAGGAGACGAUAAAAAGGAGGGCGAGGAAGGGAAGGAGGAGGAGGAGAAGGAGAACUUUGGCAAACUGGAGUUCUCACUGGACUAUAACUUUACUGACAACCAGCUGAUAGUCGGCAUCCUGCAGGCUCAGGACCUGGCAGCCAUGGACAUGGGCGGGACCUCAGACCCCUACGUCAAGGUCUACAUGCUGCCGGACAAGAAGAAGAAGUUUGAGACCAAAGUCCAGCGCAAGAACCUCUGUCCUGUCUUCAAUGAGACCUUCACAUUUAAGAUACCUUAUAGUGAGCUGGGUGGUCAGACUCUGGUGCUGCAGGUGUUUGACUUUGACCGUUUUGGAAAGCAUGACGUCAUCGGUGAGAUCAAGAUCCCCAUGAACAGUAUCGACCUUGGACAGCCAAUACACGAAUGGAGGGAUUUGGUUGGAGGAGAGAAAGAAGAGCAAGAGAAGCUCGGUGAUAUCUGCAUUUCCCUCCGUUACGUCCCAACGGCCGGUAAACUAACAGUUAACAUCAUGGAAGCAAAGAACCUGAAAAAGAUGGAUGUUGGAGGACUUUCAGAUCCCUUUGUUAAGGUGGUGCUGCAGCACAAUGGGAAGCGACUGAAGAAGAAGAAGACAUCAGUAAAACAAAACACCUUGAAUCCUUAUUUCAAUGAGAGCUUUAGCUUCGAGAUACCCUUCUCUCAGAUCCAGAAAGUCCAGGUGCUGAUAACUGUGUACGACUACGACAAGCUGGGCAGCAACGAUGCCAUUGGGAAGUGCUGGAUCGGCUACGGCGCCUCGGGUGUCGGGUUACGUCACUGGUCAGACAUGCUGGCCAAUCCCAGGCGUCCAGUGGCCCAGUGGCACACGUUGUUGCCAGAGGAGGAGGUGGAUGCUGCUCUGAAGGCCCCCAUCCGCUAAACACACUUACACACAUAUUAUACACCAUCGUCUGCAUAGGAGGGUAUUUUUUCAUUUGAAACCAAACGUUAUGAAAUGACCUCCAACUUGAAUAGUAAUUUAAUGUGCUUCAGUUUCACAUCAUCAUUCAUUUUUUGCAAUACUUCAUUUGGGGAUGGCAUAAUGUGACUACAUGUGUGCACACACAUUAUGUUUAUUCGUAAC